AUGUCUCUUCCAUCUGAGCUGCGCAUCCUUUGCCUACGCCUUACAUCUACUCCUCCACAAGACCUUCCGAAUCUCACGCCUACGCUUAUUCAAUAUGUCCUUCAAUGCCAAAUCCCCCUCUCCAACCCCAGUGCAAAUUCAGGAAAGGCGGAUGCAUCGCAGUCGGCGGUUUUGGUUCACAAAUUAAAGACCCAACUGACGACACUGUUGAAUGGCAAGAGCGCUGAGGGAAGAUUCGCUGCCAUUGUCUUGAUCAAGGUCGUGGUCGAAGUUGGAGGUUGGGAGAUUUUGCGCGAUGCAGGAUCUUGGAAACCAGACUCGAGUGCUGCCAAAGAGCUGUGUAUUGUAGCACUAACGAAGAUUUAUUGCAUGACCCAUCAAUAUCAAACUUUGGUCCGAGAAAUCACUACGCCGACGUUGCCCACCUUUGUAACGUCUUGCUUGAAUGUGAUAUCGUCCAAAACAUCGACGAAUGCCCUGGAUGUAUCCCCAUCAUUAGUAGAGACAGUCUUCCGGUCGUUUGCCAUGUUGCUGCCUCGCCAUACCACCAUCUUCCGCCCUUUCGCAUCCCAGUUACGUGCUGUCACCAGACCAUAUUUAGCAUGCACCCUUUGUGAUCGAGGUCAUGUUUCGUCAUCGGUAAAGGAGAGUGCUCGUAAACUGGUGGUCAUUCUGCACCAGACUGUCGCAAAGAGCGGCGGGGGAGAAGAAUGGGGAAAGGCGGUCCGAGUCCUUGUGCAAGACGUCCAUAUAACUGCCGACCAAGUAUUCCGAGCCGUCAUCGAAGACUGGGAAUCGACCGUUGGAUAUACUGCUGAACCUAUAAAUGUCGAUGAAGAACUCUCCGGCGGUGGGCGGACCCCCGAGGAUUUAUCUCGCUGGACUGGUAUUGAUGCUGGUGUUGAAAGGCUAGUAGGCUUACUUGAAAUUCUGGAUGAGUAUCUUAAAGGACCUACCCCCUCAGCUGUCACAAUCCCAGUUGGAUCUAUUUUCGAUAUUAUCACCAGGAUUUUGUCUAUUUCUUUGCCUUCGCUCACGGACUCGAAUUCCGGAAGUGUGAGAUUGCAUCCUGCGAUUGACCGUGAUGAAAGAGAUGGAUUGUGGACUGGCUUGCCAAAAGUUUUCAUUUCUGUAUUGCAUCUUAUCAGCACCAUGUCUUCUACCUUAGAACAAAGUUUUGUGCCUUUGGCUCAGGGAAGUCUCGACUUGCUGAUGUGGUCUUUUUCGUCAGGAAAGAAUCACCAACAAUUUCGUGCAUCGACAUAUUCUUUAGCCUGUAAAAUUCUACCGCUGGUCAGCCAAAGUUUGGAUAAGUUACGUGUCUCAAAACUUGUUCCAAUAAUGCGAGCAUGCUGUAAAGAUCUGGAGACAAGUUAUUCAGGCAUCAACAGCUCGGAAGCCAAUACGUCUCAAUCCAACGGGGUGUCAAGUCAGAAUGCAGAUACUUUACUUCACGGCUCCAUAUCCACGGUUGUCUUUGUUGAUCCGGAGGUUGUUGUGGCGGCCAGUUCCCUUCUACCUGUAUUAUUAUCGGACCUUCCUCAGGGGUAUCUCGAUAUAUCGAUGCGUUCUCAACUCGAACGUGCUGCUAUUCUUGGACGUAAUAAAAAGGCAAUGUUGGCAAGCAUACUCAAUCCUUUCAUUGGAAAGAAUGGAAAGGCACUAUCGAGUGUUCUUCCCCACAUCACGAGGGAGUUUCCAGCCGAUGAUACCGUAGAGAUUCUUUUGCGCCCUCGCAUGCCAAUCAUACCUGCUGGACAUAACACCACAGUACUUGAUGGUCUUACAGAAGUCUUCGAUUCCGAAGACGAUGAAAUGGAUGUUAUAGAUGAGGAGAUUCUCACGUACAAAAGAGCAGAUGAAAUUGCUGUCCAAGAUUUUAAGUCGAUGUCGGGAACUGAAGCAACAGGAAUAUCAGAAGAAACUACAGGUCCUACUUUAGGUAGUCACAACGGUUUCCCAACAACCAAUAAACUUUCUGGCUUCGAGGCAGCAGCUCCAACUCCACUACCACCGCCAAAACAGAGGUUUACUGAACCUCAACCGUUGGGCAAUCGCACCAUGAAUACUGAUACGAUCAUGAGCUACGACGAUGCAGACGGGUCGGAUGAGGAUUCGGAUGAGGAUGGUAGUGUGCAUCUUACAAUGCAAUUGGACUCUUCGGAUAGCGAAUAA